AUGUAUACAAGUGACACCUCCGAUAACCUACCGGAUACAAACAACGGUGAUAAUAUCAAUACUCUGGUUAAUAAUGAUCCUAUUAUACCAGAGUUUCAAGAUGACGAUGAGCUUUCUAUAAUAUCAAACCGUACAGAUAAUCCAAUAAAUAGAAAUAAUUCAACAGAUGAUGAAAUAGAAAUUAACUCUACAACUUUAAACAAUAAAAAACGUAAACCUAUAGCUAAAAGAGGAUCGUUUUCCUCAAAUAACACAAAUAUGUCCUCCACUUUUAAUACAAUUAAAAAUACCUCUACCCACAAAAAUAGUAAUAAUAAAACUACUUCCUCUGUCAUUAAUGAAAAGAACAAAAAUCUAGAUAAUAAAAUCCUAAUUAAACCAGUUAAUGAUGAAGACGAUAUCUCUGUGAUCAUUACUUUUAAUCAAGGUAUUUCGCCAUUCAUUAUUAUACUAACUUUUGUUGCUUCUAUAUCUGGUUUCAUGUUUGGUUAUGAUACUGGUUAUAUUUCAAGUGCUUUGGUUUCUAUUAACAAAGACUUAAGCAAUAAAAUCUUGUCAUAUGGUGAAAAAGAAAUUAUCACGGCUGCAACAUCAUUAGGUGCAUUGAUUACAUCUAUUUUUGCUGGUACCGCUGCUGAUAUUUUUGGUAGAAAAUCAUGUAUUAUGUUUUCCAACAUUUUGUUUCUUAUUGGUGCAAUAUUACAGAUUACAGCAAACAGAUUUUGGCAAAUGGCAGCAGGUAGAUUAGUCAUGGGGUUCGGUGUCGGUAUUGGAUCUCUUAUUGCACCUUUAUUCAUUAGUGAAAUUGCUCCCAAGAUGAUUCGUGGUAGACUGACUGUCAUCAAUUCUUUAUGGUUAACUGGUGGUCAAUUGAUUGCCUAUGGUUGUGGUGCAGGCUUAAUCCAUGUUAAGGAGGGUUGGAGAAUACUGGUUGGUUUGUCUUUAAUCCCUACUGUUUUGCAAUUUUCUCUGUUUUUCUUUUUACCAGAUACUCCAAGAUACUAUGUCAUGAAAGGCGAAUAUGAAAAAGCCAAGAAUGUGCUAAGAAAAAGUUAUAGAAACGCAUCUGAAGAAAUUAUCGAACAAAAAGUUCACGAGUUAGCUGCGUUGAACAAAGCUAUUCCAGGUAAGAAUCGUGCCGUAAGAAUUUGGAACACAAUCAAAGAAUUACAUGCAGUCCCAUCAAAUUUCAGAGCUUUAAUUAUUGCAUGUGGACUACAAGCAAUCCAACAAUUUACUGGUUGGAAUUCUUUGAUGUACUUCUCUGGUACCAUUUUUGAAACUGUUGGUUUCAAAAAUUCUACUGCAGUUUCUAUUAUUGUCUCUGGUACUAACUUUAUUUUUACAUUGGUAGCAUUCUUUGUCAUUGAUAAGAUUGGUCGUAGGUACAUCUUAUUGAUUGGUUUACCUGGUAUGACAGCUUCCUUAGUUGUAUGUGCUAUUGCAUUCCAUUUUAUGGGUAUUAAAUUUGAGGGAAAUGAUGCCACAGUUAUUCAUGAAGGGUUUUCUGCAUGGGGGAUUGUAAUUAUUGUAUUUAUUAUUCUAUUUGCUGCAUUCUAUGCCUUAGGUAUUGGUACUGUUCCAUGGCAACAAUCGGAAUUAUUCCCUACCAGCGUCAGAGGUAUGGGUACUUCUUAUGCUACAGCAACAAAUUGGGCUGGUUCUUUAGUCAUUGCGUCAACUUUCUUAACUAUGUUACAAAACAUUACUCCAACUGGUACAUUCUCAUUUUUCGCAGGUCUUUCUGCUCUAUCUUUUGUAUUUUGUUAUUUCUGUUAUCCUGAACUUUCUGGUCUUGAAUUAGAAGAAGUUCAGACCAUUUUGAAGGAUGGAUUUAAUAUUAAAGCAUCUAAGCAAUUGGCUAAGAAGAGAAAACAACAAAUUGCAGAGGCCACUGAUCUUCAUGAUGUUAAGUUAGAACCUACACAAGAAAUUAUUGAAGAUUGA